AAGCUGUGAAAGUAUCGAGGUUCUCCUUCCGCUGUCCGUGUGUGUUGAGAGCAGUCUGAUAUCGCUGGGAGGAAAAUGUCGUGCGGGCUGUGGAAAGAGACCUUGGCUCUGGCAGAGGACUACCUGUACCUGUGCCGCACAAGCCCACGGCCAGCCCCUCCACCUCCCAGCGAGUCAGCCGCUGCCAUGAGGCGCCUGGCCCAGGACAUGGAGACGCAGCACCAGGCUCGCUUCCACUCCCUUGCUCAGACCUUCCUGAGGCAGUGCGGGCCGGACCCCUGCUCCAGCCUCAGGAAGGUGAUGGAGGAGCUGGUGGGAGAUGGACACUUGAACUGGGGGAGGGUUGUUUCCCUUUUCACCUUUACUGGGGUGCUGGCCAGGCAGCUGCUGGAGCAGAAUGGCACGAAGCUGGGGCUGGACCCUGGGCAGGAGCCGGGACAGGAGCCCGGACACUACAGGGGACUGGCAGAGACCAUAGCUGAUUACCUGGGAGAGGAGAAUAAAGAUUGGCUGCUGGAGAACGACGGAUGGGAGGGGUUCUGCAAGUUCUACCGCAGUGCCAGAGAAGUGGGCCAGGACUUGUCCAUGAAGACGGCGCUGUUUGCUGCUGCCGGUGUGGGCCUGGCUGGACUCACCUUCCUCCUGGUGCGCUAGCUAGCCUUCGACGUCCACAACAAACCCUCAUCCAUGUUCUCAUUUCAUCUGGCACAAGUAGACAUUUUAGUUCCAACAGCAAUGCUGCAACAACAGGCUUUAUCUGUAGUGAAUUCAGGGUUGUAUCUCAAGUCAUCAACUGAAUGUUUGCACCCCCCCCCCCCCCACACACACACACACACACACGCACACACACACACACAUACACACACAUUAAUACUGGUGUUUUGUCACUCAUUCCUUAAGAUUGUAAAAAUGAUCUCAAUGCCUUCUACAAUGUUGCAGUAAGUGACGUCAGCUUGCAUAUCAAAGUUGGGUUACAGAAGCACGGGUUUCUGGAUAGAAUCUUCUCACUCUUUUUAUUUUUAUCUGUGCAGCUAAAAGACUUUUCAAUUU